GGCGUCAGUCAUCACUUGUCGUCUGCUGUUUGUCGCCCUCAGGGUGGCCGUUACGCUGUGGUGCGUUGGCGUCGUUACUUGCCCUUGCGAGAACGCUUGUCUUACAUGGCCGACGUGUUCCGCAAGCUGCUGCUGCUCCUCCUCGCCGUGAUUCUGCUUCUCGUUGUGGUAUUUGUUCAGGUGUGCAUAUUGGGGAGGUUGCCUUCACGUGGUCGCAGGAAAGGGCGGGCGAGGAAGAGUGUGGCCAUGGACAGAAGGCGGCCGAAUCUGAGCACGUUGUCCGCCCCUUAUCCCGAUGACCGGCCUCCGAUCUGUACCGGUGUAGACAGAAGGGCGGCAGGUCCAUCACCGUACGAAGGACUGCCGCCUCACUUGCAACCUCUGCCYGAUUCGGACGAGGGGGAGGCGGAGGUAGACGUGUCCAGGACAGUUCCGCUGGGUAGUGGUUCAACCCAGGAAUGGACGGGUAGCCAGUUGUAUGAUCGGCGCCCAGCGAAGUACGGGCAGUCGUUCACUUCCCUCCUCCACGAAGGUGCGGAGGAGGAGGAAUGCCUCCCCCCUAUAGAUCUCACAUUUGGCCUUCAGAGCGGGAGCCCAUCUUCAGCCACGCGCACUGUGGUCGUCAACCCUCAUCCCGACGACGACGCGGGGCAGGUGACAUUGGGUGGCAGGGGCACGAGGGGCGGAGCGGCGGCAGAGGUGACGUCGGGGAAGACGACGGCAUGGCCUCGAACGCAGGCGACUUCUCGGGCGCGGAUAUGGAAGGAGGUGAGGAAGGAGUUGCGGCGGCAGCAAGAAGACUCCAUAACGCAAGGUGUGCAGCGAUUACGAGUGGGUGAGCGGAGUGAGCAAGCAGACGUGGUCGGUGGGGUUGGUGACGUGUGGACAACCACCGACGAAUUUCAGUGCGACGUGGAGGAGGACGACACCGCCGACGUCUUCCCGGUGCGUGCGCCAAACAUGGGUGGAAGGGGCGGCAGGGGCAGGGCUUCGACGACUGCGGUGCGGAGGCGGACGAGGUCGUCCGCGGGCUCAACGGAUGCGGAGGGCGAGGGGGAUGGGGAGGGAGGCCGAAAUUUCUGGUCCGUGGAACACAUGGUGUCCCUCAUCAGGGCGAAGCGGGAUCAAGACGCCCAGCUGCAAGCGUCCGGCCACAGCUUCACUCGGAUGCGUUCGAGGGAGUGGAAAUGGUUGGACGUCAGGAAGAGGUUGCUGAAGGUCGGCAUCGACAGGCCGGCUGACAAAUGCGGAAAAAAAUGGGACAAUCUCAUGCAACAUUUCAAAAAGGUGCACCUUUUCAUGGGCACGUCGGGGAGGGAGGACUUCUUCCAGUUGACAAGUCAGCAGAGGGCAGACAAAGGAUUCAACUUCACCAUGGAUCGCGCGAUGUACGACGAGAUCAAAGGGGCGAAGGAGAGGAGCCACACUGUCAGCCCGACAAAUGUUGCAGACAUCGGUGGCGCAGGGGGUGUGCAACUCGCAUCUGCUCAGUCGGCGCCUCGGGAAUCUGUGGGGGAUGGGGAUGCCGCCGCUGAUGGCAUCGACGAAGACGACACCUCAGCACGGGGGGGUUCACACACGAGUGGCAGUCCGGCCGGGUUAGGGAAGAGAAAGAAUGUGCGGAAGCAAACAUUCGACGCGUUGGCGGAGAGCAUGGACAAGCAUGGGGUGUUGAUGGCGUCGACGAUGGAGAGCGCGAGCAAGAGGCAAUGCUCCAUUCCAAUUCGGCAGUGUGAAGCUAUCGAAGCGGAGGUGGAGAUCCAGAAACAACACUGCGCUGCCUCUACUGAAGUUAGCAAGCUUAUGUGUCAGGCGCUGCUGGAAAUAGCGAAGGCUAUACGAGAGCGGUAGACGGCAGCGUCUGCCAGAGGUCAUUGCGAGGCUAUGGCCAUCAAUUCA